CAUUUGAAUAGUUUUCCCUCGUGUGGUCAGAAUGCGUCUCACCUUUGGAGCUGCGUUUCUGGUGACUUUAUUAUUGGUUCUUGUGAUGAUCACAUCUACAGAAUCCAUUGGAAAAUCACGGAAUCGAGAGGAUCGUUUUGAUUUGGAGAACGAAAGCCUUAACUCAUGUGAAAGUGCCGAGAGUGGGGAAGAGUAUAGCAGCUGCAGGGAAACGCAAACAGAAUAUCCAAAACGAAAGACAUUUCGAUUUGCUAUUUAAAACAAUUCAUUUAAAAGGAAUAUAAAUAAAAUAAAUAAUUUGUACGUAUGCAUGUAGUAAAUGAUGUUGUAAAUAAAUAACAAAUAAAG